ACUAUUUUACCGUGACGCAGAGAAAAACGCGCGCCGCAAUUGGCUGAUAGGGGGUGUCGGCCCCUCCCCGCGCGUAGAUUUGAAAACUGCCUUGUGAAGAAGGGAGAGCCGAGUGUCUGAGGAGCAAAAAACAUAACCAGCUUGUGCCCGCAGACAUGGCUCCCAGGAAGAAGACCGCUAAACCACGGAAGAACAACCCCAGGUCGGCCAAGCUCGAAGCCUUCCUGGAGGACUUCGACAGCGAGGUGAAGACCAGAGUUGGACAGCUCCAGGAGAAGAUCAAGCAGCUGCUGAAAGAUGUUGACAACAGCUACAACAUGGCGCUGAUCAAGCUCCCCAAGGCUGUGAGGCAGACGCCCUGGAUGGAGCACUGCAAGUCUGAGAAACCAAAGUCACCGGAGGUGGACGCUACAAAGAGAGAAGAGGAAGCUGCCAUUGUUGAGAGCGUUGUAGCUGAGGACCACGCAGUCCUUCUGAAAUCAGUCAAGAAAACGUCAAAGAAAAAAGGUGGAGCCAAAUCCAGCUCAGAGGAUGAAAACAGUCCGGGCAUAACGAAGAAGGGGAGAGCAACACGAAAGCCCCCGACUACGUCAAAAAGAGCCAAGGCGCUGGCAGUCAGCAAGCAGAGCACCUCCAUCAGACGAUCUUCCAGGAAACCCAUGGUGACGCCUGCCAGGAGCAUCAUGGAUUCUUCCUUGAUGAUGGGACCCACUCCCCUCAUCACCCCGCGCUUCGACCCAAGGCUUCCUAAGACCCCUGCUGUGAGAAUUCCCCGCCACAAGGAGAGGGUCUACAGCAUUUCAGUCAACGGAUCUCCCAUCGCAGCAGGAAACGAGGACAUCGUCAUCAACGUCCCCAUCGGCAACGGAGAGAGCAUCCAGCUGUUGGCCAGUCAGAUGGACUCGGUGGACCUGUCACUACUGGACGAAACUGCCCUGAAGAGCAUUCGUCUGCUGAAGAAUCGCCUCACAACACUGUGUGGAAAAUCAGAGUGAACUAUUCGCUGCUGCUCUGACUGGACCGACUAUAAGAUGGUUUUUUUUUCAGGGUGUCAGGUUUUAAGGGGUGGGGGGGGUAGAUUUUAGUUGUUCUGCUGUACAAGACUUGUAAGAUUAUUUUACUGUUUAUUCUUUGAUUUCUUUUGUAAAUAAUGUCUAAUCCCACUUUUUUUUGGUUUCCACUCAACCUCUCUAUAAAGUAGUUAUCAUUUCCAUUAUAAGUGCAAUUGCAUACUUCGUGUACAUACUUGAAUCUUUGUCUGCAAAACUGAUAAAGGGUUUUGUAUACAAUCUUAAAACCGUGUUUCUUUUUGGUUCGAUAAGUGGCUUCAACACAUGAUAUUAUUCAUUUGGCAGUACUCACUGGACAAGUUUUUUACUGUAUGUGCACAGUUCAUGCCUCUCCAAACUGACUGUACAUUUGCAUAGUGACCAGUAGGUGGCAGCAUUUCACUGUGAAACUUUUGGUUGCCUCGAAUACUCGAAACUGCUCCAGCGUACUGUCAGGGCUUUUCCUCAUUAUUCUAAGUAGUCAAACAAAUCAAUCUGUUCAGGCCAAAGAUCAAAAAUAAAAAGGCAGGAAUUGAGCUUUAAGUAUUUCCACAGUAGAA